GUAAUAAUGGAAUAAUAAUUGUAGAGCCUUGUCAAAGGAAAAAGUGCAGAAGAAUUAAUCCUGACAAUCGAAAAAGGCAUGGAUUUUGAAAGCCCAGACGUGGAGAAGGAGUUUCCAGGAUUGUACGCGUCGGAAUCAGCUCGAAAGAGCAAUGAAAGUGACUUUAGCGACGAAGGAGGACACGACAAGCACCUGAAAAAAGAGCUUCUGGGUGGAAAGAAGAGGGAUAAAAAAGAUAAGAAAGAUCGAGGAUAUGCCACCCUGGAGGGUGAAAGCUCAGCAGAUGAGGAUCAAGAAACCAAGAGUCCAUCAAAAUCCAAGAAAUCUAAAGCAUUCAAAUUUCCUUCGAAGAAGCGAGAGAAAUCUCGAGAAAAGGAAAUAAAGGAUAAAGAUAAAGAUGAGAAUAAGGAUAAGGAAAAGAAGAAACGUGAAAAGGACGAAAAGGACAAGGAUAAGGACAAAUUGAAGCAUAAAGUGAAAGAUCGAAAAAAGUGCAAACAUGGCGAGGAAGUUGCUGACAUUGGAGAGGCACAGCCAAUUUUCGGAGUGGGGCUACAAGCAGCUGUGGAGCGAUCCAGAUGUCAUGACGGAGUUGAAUUACCGUUGGUGGUUCGUAAUUGCAUUGAUUAUUUGGAGGAAUUUGGAAUGACAACGGAAAGCUUAUACAAAAUUCCUGGCGUGAAAUCCAAAGUACAGAGUUUUAAAAAGCUUUAUAAUCAACGAGAGACUGUUAAUGUCCAGGAGUUGGAACCUGCUGUCGCAGCCAGCUUAUUAAUUCUUUUUUUAAAAGAAUUGCCUGAACCUGUCUUGGAAAGCAGCGGGAUGAUAUCGAGAUUUGAGCAAGCCGCUUCAGCCAAAGAAGUUGCACAGAGAGAAUCGCAGCUCUCACAACUAGUAAAGCAAUUGCCGACUUGCAAUAGAGUUCUUUUGGCGUGGGUGACGUUACACUUGGAUCACAUCACUGUCAGGGAGAAAACAACGAAGAUGAAUGCUCAAACGGUAGCUAUGACACUAAGUCCAGUGCUGCAGAUGAGCCACAGACUCCUCCUGGCUCUUCUCUGUCACUGUAAGUCACUAUUUCCAGACAUUAUCCUGACAAAAUACAUUCCUCCACUGCCUUCGGGAAGUGCCAAUCUCCCCGACGAACCGGAAUCAAUAGCAUUAGAGCUGGUGAAACAGGAAUCACUGCUAGCUCAAAUACACAUGCAGAUGAACGCCGGUUUUGUAACGAAGUCACGUGAGGAGCAAUUGUGGGAAGUUCAAAGAAUCAUAACCCAGUUGAAACGCAAGUACAAAAUUGCCCAGAAAUUGGAGGGACAGGUCCAGAAGAGUCUGGACGAAGACACAAGAUCUAACGACGAGCAUCAUGGCAACUUGCAAAAGAGUGAUCAGACGCAUAACUCCACAGAAACGAUAUCAUCAGCUCUGAAAAAUCCACAAAACACUGAGCCAAAAUCGAAUGAACAAUUUAAAGGAAAUUGUGAUCCUACGAUUCCUGUGGGAGAGGUUGCAACACAAUUUACACCAAUUGAAGAGAGAAGUCACUCUUCCACGAACACAAUUAAGAUGGAAAAAACCGAUGAAAAUUCUUUCAUUGAUCCUCAGAUUUCAGAAGCCACGACAGAACAAGUCUCACUGGAAAAAGUACGAGAGAGUUUGAUCUACGGGGAAUUAUUAAAUACAGAAACAUCAUUGAGAACUCGUAUUCAGCAGGAGAAAAAUGAGAUUAAAAAAUUGCUGAAUAUUCUUGCGGAGAAGGGACCUGAGAAACCCAUAUCAAGGGACAGAACACAUUCUCCUAAUGAAGCAGAAAUGACAGUCAUGAUUCAAUUGUCAAAAGAAAAUCAGCUAUUGGAGAAAAAAAUGACUACACUGAUUCGUAGUAUUAUUGAGGAGAAAGAUGCCUGUGUCGAAUUAAAAGUUCAAUUAGCUAUGCAUCAGCUGAUGGAAAGCAAUACUCUUCAAACGAAAAUGCAGAAACCAAAGAGCAAGAAGCUGAAAAUCAGCAAAGUGAAAAGGACCAAUCAGAAGAGGAAUAAAUUAUCCAAGCAAGGAAAACUCAAGCAGAGACGUCAUCGUACUAAAACAACACAAUCAAUGAAGCAACAGAAUGUGGAGAAAAUCGAUCCUAUUAAUAACGAGGAGAGUGAUCAGGGUGAAGAUUUGCUAGAGAUGGUGGAGAAAGACGAUCUGAAAUUCUUGCAAUCAGCCAUCUCUGAAAAAUCGUACAACCUAUUGAGGAAAAUAAGAUUGGCAGAAGAUCCGGGUGAGAGAAAAGGUAGAAAGCAAAAGCGAAAAUUGAAGGAUGAGAAUGAGGAACUUGAAGAUCUGUAUGAGGACAAGGUAUUGAACGGAAGUGGGAACGAGGAGAGAAAGAAAGUCCGGUUAAUGUUGCCUGUGAAAACCAAGGAAGGAGUUAUAAAGAAAAAAAUUGUAGAGCAAGAUGAUGAGCCUGAGACGGUCAAUAAACUUGAUGAUUCUCAAACCGAAAUGGAUGAUAAUCAGGAAGCCAGUGACGUCGACAGUGACGCUGGAAUAGGAGACAUUAAAAUUAGGUCAAUAGACAAUGACGACGUGAAGGACAACGUGACAACAGUAGAGCUUUUGGCUUGUCGUAAUCAGGUCCUGAAAUCCCGAAAGCUCAAAAUAGGAAUUUUGUCUAGCAGUCUUUUAGAGAAUCCACAGACAAAAGCCCACAAUUUCAAAGUACUCUUGGAUUUCCUUGACGAGUCCAAUCCAGAGGUGUGCAUCACUGUCAAGAAGUUAACGAUAGUUUCUCUCCUCGAAGUAUUCAAGGAUCUGUUACCAGCGUAUAGCAUCAAUACAGGAACUAAGGAGGAGGGUGUGAGGUAUAAGAAAGAGACCCUGGAACUGAAGAAUUACGAAGAGAUACUCGUUCGCAGUUACAAAAAUUACCUCCAAAAAUUGGAGAGGAUGGCUGGGGCUUUGAGGAGGAAGAGGGGUGACACGAGACUCAUUGAUAAUUUUCAGCUGGAACUAGGGCAACUUGCUGUCUCGAGUCUGUGCCAGCUCCUCAUAACCCAUCCCUAUUUCAAUUUCUCUGUUAACAUAGGCAAUUUUUUAAUUCCCCUCCUGGACAAUCGACACGAAAAAAUACGACAGAUCAUUUUUCAGUGUUUCUCCCAGAUAUUCAAGGAUGAUAAACGUGGCGAACUCUCGUUAUCUAUAGUGAGAAAGCUUAAUCACUACAUAAAACAACACGAGCAAACUGUCCAUCCUGAGAUUAUCUCAGUUCUACUGUCCCUGAGGAUUAAAGACAUCAAUUUAGACGCAGAAAGAAAAGAAGAAGCUAAGAAGAAAAAAUUGACUAGUCACAAACAGAGAAUUCUAGCACUGAGUAAAAGGGAGCGCAAGAAAAAUAAAAAACUGGCUGAGAUUGAGCAAGAGAUGUUGGAGACGAAGGCUACUGAGAACAAGAUGAGGAAAGAGAAAAUGCUCACUGAAAUAACUAGCAUUGUCUUCACCAUCUACUUUAGAAUCCUUAAAAGAACACCCAAUAGAAGGAUUCUGUCGGUUUGUCUCGAGGGCUUGGCGAAAUUCGCUGCCUGCAUUAAUCUGGAGUUUUAUCAGGAUCUCGUUAAUGCCAUCAAUGCCCUCGUGAAUGACGGAAAUCUGAACCAGAGGGACCAACUCCACUGUAUUCAGACUGUCUUCACAAUUCUCUCUGGUCAGGGCUGUACUCUCAACAUCGAUCCCUAUGUAUUUUACGUUCAUCUCUACAAACAACUGUUCAAUAUUCACGCUGGCAAAACGCAGAGGGAUUGUCGGAUCGUUGUCGAUAUUCUUCAUCAAGUAUUGAUCCAAAGGAGGAAGAAAGUGUCCCAAAAUAGGUUGAUUGCUUUUGUUAAAAGGAUAAUAACAAUUUCCCUCCAGAUGCAGCAUCAUGGCACACUAGGACUUCUCGGCCUCAUCAAAUCCAUCAUGCAGCUGAAUAAAAAUGUUGAUUUACUACUCGAUACAGACAACACCGCUGGUGAAGGCCUCUAUCAACCUGAAUUGGAUGAACCUGAAUAUUGCAAUGCACAUCGCAGCGCUCUUUGGGAACUAGUACCUUUGCAGAGACAUUAUCACAGCAUUGUGCAGAAGGUCUCACGAUAUAUUGCUUGUCACGUUCCAGCCACUGGUGAUGGAACAUUGCCUGUUGAAAUUUUAAAGCUCAGUUCCUCAGAGCUGUACGAAAAUUACGAUCCCAGCGAUGUGGCUUUCAACCCUGUCGUUCCAGUUCCAAAAAAAUCAUCGAUCCCGAAGCAGAUUAAAAAAUGGGAAUUCAAUAGUGGAGAAUUCGAAGAUUACAUCAAACUCAUAAAAUCUAGAAGUUCUUCAACCCACAGGGAAUUUAUGGACUUUUCCAGUGAAAUUUUGUAAAUGAUUUGUUAAUUCGAAAGUGAUAUAUUUCUAAUAAUAACAAUGCAAUUGCUGGACCUGAA